AUGAGUAGACAAAAAUCUCACAGAAAACGGGAUCUAAGUGAAUCUGAAUAUACAAAAUCUGACGAGGAUGUACAUGAAUAUGAAAUUGGUGAUAAAAGAACAAAAAAGAACAAAGAGGCUCUAAAGACGAAAGCUUCAUCUUCUAAACGUGCCAAAAUGUCUACUCCAAAGAAACUGCCUUCAACUUUAGUUCAACAAAAUCUUCAACAAAUCCCUUCUGAAGGAUUAGAAACUCAACCUGACACAGCAGAUGUUGUGGUCAAUCGUACCCUCAUCCUCGACAAUACAUACCCAAUACAGCCAUCCUCAAAUAUUGAAACGGAAGUUGAGGAUGUAAACCUAGAUGAUCUUUCCAAAUCAUCAAAGACCUAUAUAGAAAUUGUUGGAAAGAACUUCUAUCCGGAUAUUUUGAAAGGCAUACAUAGGAUAAUUACGGGUUAUUGGAGGGGGGCAUACUUGAACUGGAAUCAAGUUCCCGAAGACCUUAAGAACACAAAGGAACUUGGAAAACCUCCUUCCCUUCUUGAAACAUUUGAGAAGACACAUAAAACGAGGAAUGGUACAUGGAGUGGAAACAGGGCAACAAAAGUUGUGGUGAAUGUCACCGUUGCGGCGGAAUCCGGGUGCGUAACGCAGUUGCGUAACGCAGGUGCGUCAAGCAGGUGCGUCAAGCAAGUGCGUCACGCAGGUGCGUCAAGCAGGUGCGUCAAGCAGCUUUGCAAGGGGAUAUUACUUUUUGGACCUCCUGAAAUUGGGAAAACCCUUAUUGCUAAGGCACUUGCAACUAAAGCAAGCACAAAUUUUAUCAACAUAACUACAUCAACUUUAUUAUCAGAGUGGUUUGGUGAAAGUGUCAAGAUAUUCAAAAUUUUCUUAGCUAAAACAGUCCAUGGCGGAAGCAGGAAGACAACAUGGCCAAAAUUCUCUUGGCUAGUGUUUACGAAUGAUGAGGCAUCUAACAUGAACGAGCUUCGAAAAUGGAAUGAAAAGUAUGGUCAAGGAGGAAGCAGGAAGAUAUCAUCUUUUGGCUUUGCUAAUCAAUCUGAAUUGCUAGCUUCUUCUUAA